UAGGAUUACGAACAAAUCGCCGACCCGUCUCCGUCUCCUGCUGUCCUCCCUUUCCCUUGCGCAGCCAGUUCGGCUCCCGCUCUUCCGCCUCCCUCUCGCCGUCGCGGCACCCCCAAACCCUAGCCCCCUCGCCGAAACCCUAGAUCCUCCCCCCUGCGCUCCCCCCGAUGGCGGGGGCCGCGGCAUCCCCCGUGGGGGGCCACGUGGUGGAGCGCUUCCGCUCGCGGCUGCGCGAGGAAGCGGGCGGCGGCGAGCCGGGCGCCGCCGCGGUCGUGCGCGUGUACGCGGAGGCGCUCCGCGAGCUUACCUUCAACUGCAAGCCGGUCAUCACCGAGCUCACCAUCAUCGCGGGCCAGCACGCCGCGCUCGCCGCCAGGGGAAUCGCCGACGCCGUCUGCGCCCGCGUCGCCGAGGUGCCACCGGAUCAGAUAUUACCGUCUUUGUAUCUGCUAGAUAGUAUUGUGAAGAACAUAGGUGGGGAAUAUGUUGAGCAUUUUGCAACUAGGUUGCAGAGUGUAUUUGUUGAUGCAUACUACAGAGUUCAUCCAAACCAGUAUACUUCAAUGAGGCGCCUUUUUCGUACCUGGUGGCCAGUAUUUCCUUCUUCUGUGCUUCAUGGCAUUGAGGAUGACCUUCAAUUUUCUCCCUCAGAGACUAACCGUCCCACCACAUCGACAAAUCAAACAGAGUCAUUAUCUCCUAGGCUAUCUCAUGGCAUACAUGUAAAUCCUAAAUACCUAGAAGCACAGCAUAAGUUCAAGCAGGCCAAUGUGGCGCACCAGUCAGCAGCUCGGGACACUACACAAAUGACUGAUGUGCAGGAGGAUCUGAUAAAUGGAUUACCAUCAAAUAGUUCACGAGGACGGCCUUCAAUGUUUCAGAAAUCUUCUUUACAAUAUGCUGAUAAUCCUGAUCAACAAGAGACGUUUCGACCUCUUGCUGGAACAAUAAGGGUGACAUCACCACAUCUCUUGAGCACACAUUCAUCUGAUGUGAAUCUAGAUGGGCCAUUAGUCAAUUCAAGGAGAAACAUGUCCAGAUCACCACCCCUUGAUGUGUUCCCUAGAAAUGUGUCCCCCAAGAGAGCGCUAGAGAGGUUACCACCAUCUCAUUCUGUAUUGGGACCUGAUCCCAGAAAAUUGCCUGACCGAAAUGGCAGGUUAAGAUUGGUUUUUGAUGAUGGUGUACAGCGGUCUACGAUCAGUAUGCUUGAUGAAGAGUACAGGAAGCAAAGUGCAAGGGAACUUAUUGAUGCAUAUGGGAAUUGUCAAGGCCGAGAUGCUGAUGAACGACUUCCUAAAGUGCAGCGCCUGGAUCCAAAUGGUAUGGCUAGCAGAUCUAGUGCACGAAAUUGGUUAACUUCAGAGGAAGAAGAGUAUUCGUGGGAGGAUAUGAGUCCAACUUUGACUGAUCGAGUCAGAAGCAGCAUGCCAUCUUUUCCUCCUGGAACCAUGAGAGCCGGAUUUCCUGGGGCAAAUGCAGGGCUACUGGAAUCUGAUGUUGGGAGGCACAAUUUCCCAAGCCAAAUUACUAGAUCAUCGGUUGAUGGUCCACCAUAUAAUCUUGAAGAUAGGAUUACAACUGCAAGCCAUGUUGACAUUUCCACAAGGAGAUAUCCAAGCAAUUUUGGGGUUCAGAAUGGAGCUCUUUUGGAGUACCAGAAUUCUGAAGAUACUCUAAAUCAUGGGAGAAUUGAUACCAUGCCAGCUCCACCUUGGCAGAAGCCUACUGGUCUGCCAUUGCGAAUACAGGCACCUCAACAUCCAUCAGUACUUGAUAGAAUACCACAGCCUGCCAAUGGUGAAAUGGCAGUCAAGAGGUUGGACAUUAGUGGCACAUACAAUGGUUUAAAUGUAGAUAAUAUACCCUUAGUGGAGAAGCACAGGUCAUCACCUUCUGCUCCGAUAGAAUGGCUUCCUCUUCAUCAUACCCGAUCUCAAACUUUACCACUAAUUCCACCUGAUACGAAACAUGUUAGAAGUGCACCAAAUAGCUUAGAAAUUAGUUCUUUUGUUAGCCAAGGAGCUAGUUCAUCAGUAUUUGUUCCUCGGCAUCAGUAUGAUGCCUUGGAUCGGAAAACGGUUACCGGUAACUUAGCUCAACCACCUUAUCAGCACCAAGAUUUGUUGCCAUCAAGCCAACAAAAUCAAGGUACAAUUUUGGGAAACCAAGCUCAUCCUCAUCGCCCCACACAGUUACAUCCCCAUCCCCAUUCCCAUUCUCACCAUCAGGAGACUUUUAGAAGCUUUGCCUCUGGCAUGUCUGUAUCUCCAUUCCAAGGACAAGGAGGUAAUGCAACCAUGACACCUGUUUCCGUUCUGCCAACUUCUUUUUCUGUACCACCUGCUGUGCCACCCUACGGUGUGCCACCAUUACCGCCCGGACCACCACCUGUCCCACUGCAGAUGGGUUCAUCAUCAUCACAAGUUGGUGGCCCUCAACCAUUUGUCUCUGGACUGUUGAGUAACCUUAUGCGGCAUGGUGUAAUUUCACUUGAACCACCUAGCCAAUCGCAGGAUUCUGUUGGAGUUGACUUCAAUGUAGACCUCAAGUUACGGAAUGAGUCUGUCAUCAAUGCUUUGUAUCAGGAUCUUUCAAGGCAGUGUAAAACAUGUGGCCUUCGAUUUAAAUGCCAAGAGGAGCAUCGUGCUCACAUGGACUGGCAUGUUACAAAAAAUAGAAAUUCAAAGAACCGUAAACAAUCUUCACGUAAAUAUUUUGUCACCGUGGGGGAAUGGUUAAGAGCAGCAGAAACAGUAGGAAACGAUGGAGUUCCUGCUUUUGUGCCCUCAGAUCCAGUCCCAGACAGAAAGGAAGAGAAAGAAAUUGCUGUUCCUGCGGAUGAGGAGCAAACAGCCUGUGCAUUAUGUCAAGAGCCAUUUGAAGAUUUCUACAGUGAUGAGACUGAUGAGUGGAUGUACAGAGGUGCAGUCUACAUGAAUGCGCCAGAUGGUAAUAUCGAUGGUCUGGAAAGGUCACAGUUGGGACCUAUUGUCCAUGCUAAAUGUCGAUCUGGGCCCAGCAAUACUUCUUAGAGUGGGCAUAGCUGGGAUGACUUGAUAGCCUUUUUUCCGUUGCGGCUAUAGACAUGACCUGUAAACUACCAGAGACACAGAUUUUGGUAUGGUUAGCUUCUUUUCUAUGUGGCUCCCUUAACAGCCAGUGCAUAGAAUGUUAUUGACAAUAGUGUAUAGCUGUAAAAUUCUUCUGUAAUUCAGUGAUUGAGCAUUAGUAAUUGGCCCUUCAGUCACUAUUGUCAUAUUGUGCUUGUGCCCUGUCAUUUUGUCCUUAGUCACACAGUGCUGUUUUUUCAUUACAACAGUAGUGUGAUCUAUACUGAAGCUUCAUGUUUAGGGUUUCUGCAACACAGUUGACAGCGGUAUAUGUAACCAUGGUUUGACUGGACAUGGGAAAACAAUACAUUUCAAUAGUCCAGUUUUCUUCCUCGUUAAUAUCUUGUGCAGGAUACAUACCAGUUCUCUACUAGUUGGCUGGUAGCUUUGGAAGGGAUCACACACCAGAUGACCAAGAGUGCUGGCCUCAAUCUGUGGCUUUCCUGAUGAACUAUUUAAGGGACUAGAUGCUGUCAUUUUACCUUAUUGCCAAACUUUUAGUAUUUCCCUUUGUAAGUUGAGAGCAUUGUUUAUGACGAUUAAUCUUGGUCGAAUGUAUAGUUCCAUCUUGCUGAUAUGUUUGUACUCCGAAAUGUGGAUGAGAAUAUCUUACCAGACUGGAUGGUAUAUGCUCUGGCAAACUAUUAAUGAAACAAUUUUGGGAUGUUGUUUUUAUCGAAA